AUGGAAAUGCAAUCAGUUUGCACUGGAAUUACUGCCCCACAACUCAGAUUAUCUGCUAAUCGUUUAUUGUCUCACGAAAUCGUAUCUGGAAGCCAUGUUAGAUUGAGACAUCCAAGAAUCCAGCUUAGAAACCCAUCAAAACUGUAUAUGAUGCCUGGUUUCGAGAAUACAUUUAAGGGGUUUUCUUUGUUAAGCUUGGACAGAGGAGUUGUAAUACAUGGUUCUUCUACUUCUAAUUCUAAUGCUGAUACGAAUAUAAAGAUUUCGAGAAGGAAACGUUCGCGUGUGCCUUCCAGUAGUUUUGAUGGGAUGGAGCCGUUAAAUGGUAAAUCAGGUUCUGUUUCUUUUUAUGGGUUGACUCACCAGUCUGUGGAAGAAGGGAGAUUGGUCUCAGCGCCUUUCAAUGAAGAUAAAGGCUCGUUUGUUUGGUUAUUGGGACCAGUUGCAUUGGUAUUGUCUUUGAUUGUGCCUCAGUUCUUCCUUGGCUCCGCAAUUGAGGCUUUCCUCAAGGAUGAAGUUCUUGUAGAGAUUGCGACAUCAUUAGCUUUUGAGGCUGUGUUUUACUUUGGUCUUGCUACCUUCUUGACUGUGACUGAUUGCAUUCAGAGGCCUUAUCUGCAAUUUAGCUCGAAGAGGUGGGGUCUUAUCACUGGCCUCAGAGGAUACCUGGCAUCUGCCUUCUUUGCCAUGGGCUUCAAGCGUCUGUUUGAGACUUAUAUGGACAAGCGUGGGUCAUCUUGUUGGCCUCUAGUCCCCAUCAUCUUUGAGGUUUAUCGGCUAUAUCAGCUGACAAAAGCUGUUCAUUUUAUUGAGAAAUUGAUGUUCACUUUGAGAGGGCUUCCUGAAUCUGCCUUACUGUUGGAAAGAAGCAAUGCUUUAGUUUCGAUGAUAGUGACCUUCCAAGUCCUUGGUUUGGUUUGCCUAUGGUCGUUGAUGACAUUUCUUUUGAGACUUUUUCCUUCUAGACCUGUAGCAGAGAACUAUUGA